AUGAAACUCACCAACUUCCUCUCCUUACUGCUGGUCUUUCUUGGUCAACUCAACCUUAUCAACGGAGGGCAGGUUGCUCUUCGACCUCGACCGAAGACACCGUUACUGUCCAGAUCGAUUCCGACCAAUGGCUCGAUCUUCGACCCCACGGACGAGGAGUCCUUCUACACGGUUGGGGACGAUCCGAAGACCGUCAUCAAAUCAAUCCAUCAAGCUUCGAAGCGCAAAUAUGUGAAUUUCGAGAAAUUCGAAGACUACCUGCGGCCCCAAGAGAGACUUUGCACGCCCACGCCGGAUAACAAAACCACAGUACUGACUUUCCCUCUGGAUCGUGCGCUCUAUCUUGCCGCUCGCGAGAGAUGGGCAGGGGAAACGAGGCUCGUUUUUAUCGGUCACGACCCUUCUUGUUACGCUCCGGAAGAGGAGCGAUCUUCGUUCAAGUCAUUGUCUAUUGCAUUCGACGAUGCUUUACAGAUUAUCCGGGUCAUUGGCAAACCCUUGCGUUUCGGAGACAGGCACUUUCCUGCGCCUACUGAACUAGUUGUUGGCAGGGCACCCCGAGAUGUCGUUCUGACUCCUCGUAUGACAAGUAAACAGGACCGUUGGCCGCAUGUGGGGAAUGCUCUCAACCCAGACAAACACAUCAGUUUCGACAGCGAAGAAAACGAGCCGCGCAAGAAGUAUUGGCCACCAGAGACCACCGGUGGGGUCGACCAGGAGUUUCAUAUCAUUUUCAAUCCGGUCAGUGGGUCUGACGACGACGAUGAGAACGACGAUAAAGAGGAUGAUGACGACCAUCACCACAGCCGCCGCGAUGAUGAUGAUGAUGAUGAUGAUGAUGAUGAUGAUGAUGAUGAUGAUGAAGGUGACUUCCGCGAAAUGUUUAAGAACCACAUCAAGCGCGCUUUCGUCAAAUACAGCGUGAGCGAUGAAAUCAAGAUUCGGAAACAAAUCGAAAUUCUCUCGAAUGUGGGAGCGGACUUAUUCUGCAAUGUAGCCCUCGUCGGUACCGCUCCUCCUGGUACCAUGUCAUGCACCCCUGCAUACACCGGAGGAGGCCUACAGUGGGAACCGUCCUCUGCUCCGGAGGAUAAAGCUGCUCGUGCAAAGGCGACGGGCCCAAAAGAGGUUGGGGAUCCGAAGGCGGGCUCUGGCAAGACCAGUUCCUGGGGCUACUCCAUCUGGCCCAUGGACGUCGGCAUAUAUGUUUGGAUGGAUCUUGGCAUUUCGACCCAAGUCAACCUGACUCUGCCGGGGUUUGAGGCGACGAUUCCGGUCGGGUCCGAAUUCGAGAUUGAUGUAAUGGGGGGCGAAGAUGGGGGCCCCAUUCACACCACCAACUUCGACCCCAUCAUCGAGAUAUUGAAAGCAGACCUGUCCAUUCAAUCCACCGAAAUCCACUACAACAUCGCCGUCGGGCCCAAAGCUGGCAUCAACAUUGGACUUCCAAAGGGUGACCUCGGGAUCGGGUUUGGGGUUAGGCUUGACGUCGUUAGGGUUGAUAAUAAGUGGUCGGAGUAUAAAAACGUCACCAGUGCUUGCACCGAGCCCAAAGGCGGCGAACAGAAAGACGGCGAGCCCACAGAGCAGGAGGAAGCGUUCGAGAACGCCUUUGGCUUCACCAUGGAUUUGAAAACGGGGAUCUACGCCUUCCUCAACCUCGCGGGUUUCUACGUCGACACGAAUUGGAUCGGCGACAAGGUGGGCAGCGACUUCUCCGGCCUCUACUGGGGCAUCAAAAGCCUCGUCGCCAAAUGCGGUGACUGUGGCGAGGAGCAGUGUGUUUCGCAAAAGAUGAACGACGUCCUCGACGUGGCGAUCGACGGCCUCGGUUUCAUCGAUUCGAAAUUCCGGGUCAGUGAGUUGACGGACAGCGAUCACGUUUCGAAGGACAGCAUCCUUUCGCUCAACGACCAGAUGGUGGGAGAGGAUAUGCCCACCGGGAACCCGGACGUAGCGUGCUAUGCGAAGCCGGCGUCCGGCAUCUCCCGUCGCGAAGUCUUUGGCGAUGAGGAUGUCAACGUAUGCCAACCGAAAUAA